AUGCAGGUGCUGCUGCUGGCCCUGCUGGUGCUGCUGGCCCUGCCGCUCUACUCCGUCUACUGCAUCUACAAGCCGCCGCGCUUCCUCAUCGGCUACCUGCGCAACAAGUUCCCCGACGUGCUAUUCGAAGAGCCCACAUCCGAAAAGAUCAUUGCGCUGUCGCUCGACGAUGCCCCCUCGGCGCACACGGACGAGAUCAUGCAGGUGCUGCGCGAAAACGACGCCCACGCCACCUUCUUCGUCAUCGGCCAGCAGGUCGAGGGCCGCGAGGCGACGCUGCGGAAGCUGGUUGCGCAGGGCCACGAGCUCGGCAACCACGCCAUGCGCGACGAGCCCUCCAGCCGCCUGAGCAACGACGAGCUCGAGAAGCAGGUCAAGGAGGUCAAGGCGCUGCUGACGACCGCCUACGAGGCCGAGGGCAAGAUCCUGCCCAACAACUACUUCCGGCCCGGGUCCGGCUACUUCAACCACCGCAUGCGAGACCUGCUGGGCAACCGCGGCUUUCGCAUCGUCCUUGGCAGCAUAUACCCCCACGACCCCCAGAUCCCGCACCCGACGGUCAAUGCUAAGCAUAUUCUGAGCAUGGCACAUCCCGGAGGCAUCAUCAUCUGCCACGACCGGAGGGGGUGGACGGCUCCCAUGUUGCGAAUUGUGCUGCCAGAACUGAAGCGGCAAGGAUAUAGAAUCGUCACCAUUACAGAUCUUGUGACGUCCGUUGAGCCCUUGGGAGGUCGAUCCUGGUGA